UUUUCCAGAUUGAUCAGAAGCAAAGAAAAUUUCAAAUGUGGGUACUUUUGUGAAAACCCUAAAGCUCUCUUUCUCGCUGGUCCACUUUUAACCUUAUUCAACUCAAGUACUAGCCUUUCUUUCAUAACUCUCCACUGAUCUGCAUCUUCGUUCUUCCGUAAGUGUUAGUAAGUUAAUGGCUGGCAAAGCAGCAAGUUCUGUGGCAAAGGCAAUUACAGAAUACCAGUAUCCAUGGCGUGAGAAAUUGGCAAAAUACAAAGAUGAACUAUCAAAGGGUGUGUGGGGUUACUGGCACCUAGGAGCAUGGAAGCCACUUGGCAUCAGUGCUCGUCGUAGAGCUAGACUACGCAAGGAAGUUCUCAUAGCAGGUGAAGAUUGGCCAUAUGAUCCAGAGAGGAAAGAGAUGAAAACCAGGAGGAAGGGACACAAGGUUGACAGGCUAGCCGCAGAGAAACGAGAAAAAACUGCCAAGUUGAUGGAGAAAAUGCCAGAAAUGUUGUUGGACUACAAGAAGCGUAGGUGGGAGAAGAAGAUGAAGGAAGAGGAAAAAGCCAAAGAAAAAUAAGUAAACUUUCAAUUGCUGGGUGAUUAUUCCAUUUCUUUGCAAUUUUGCUUCUGGUUGAACUUUCAUAACACCGAGUGAUUUCGCAUAAUGUGGUGGUUAUUUACAUUACUUUCCAUUCUUGCUUGGUUUGAUGGAAAAUAAUGAGCUAAACAGUAUUAGUAGACAAGAAAUUUUAGCCUUUGUUUCUGCUUGA